AUGAAGCGAACAAGAUCGUGCACAGAGGCUUACGAGAACCACCUACACACAUACUUCCACAACAAAGAUUACAGAGGGGUUUGCAGACAGACAAAUUUAUCAACCGUUGAAAGUAACGCCAACGAAAUGGUUGAAAACUCAUCAAAUUUUUUGAAAAUUUUCAAAAACCUUAAACUCGGAGCCCCAUGUCAAAUGACUCUCCUUACUGUCCCCUCUCCUCUUCCAGGGCCUGCCGGCAUUAAUAAACAUUAUCAUAUCAUUUUUUUCAUUAUCCUCAUUAUUGUGGCUAUCGUCCACAUCACCUGGAUUUAUUUUGUGAGAUUACAAAUGAAGAAAGCUUCCAGGGUAACGAAGGUUGCGCUGGAUUGUUUCCACAGCAUUAAGCGGGAUAUCAAACAUCGCUGCAGACAGCAACAGAGAAGAAACCAGCCAAACAUCAACAACAACAACAGCAACAACAUCAACAACAACAACCAAGAUCACAAUCAACACUUGAUCUCAACAUCGUCGUCGUCUUCAACAUCUUCAUCAUUAUCUUCAUUGCAAAUGAUCAACCGAUUAGAAAGCGACUACAGUAGGUUAUUCGUCAAUCCUUUAAUUGAAAACACGCGUUCCAUCGUUAGAUCCCACUGCAACUUCUCGUCGCCCUACAACGAGUACUUCACGUCGUCAGCCAACAGUAUAAACUUUCUAAUCAUCGUGCGUACCUCUAAAAUCAAUUCAAAUUUUGUAACCGUAUCGUUAGUGAUUGCUUCUGUUACGCUACUGAAUUCAGCUUCCAUAAUGAGAGUUCUUGUUUGUGUGGUGAAGUUCCUUCGACGGCUCUUCAAAGAGACGUUCGCGGCACUGAAGACUCUGACGGACAAAUUAGAUUUGACAACCGCUUCAUCGAUUGUUUCAUCAUUAUUAUCGCCUGAUCAUUUCCGCUGCAGGCCGCUAUUUCCUGCUUUCUUUCAAAGCUUUUCUAAAUCCACUUUUAAAUAUUUAUCGUCGUCUCCAUCGUAA